AUGAAUUUUGACCAGAAGGCUGUGAAAUUCCUGGCAAACUUUUAUAUCAAUGGGGGCAAACACUGGACCCAUGGCCCUCUGAAGCAGAAGCCACUUGUGACCACCCAAGCUGCUGUGCGGUCGUGGGGCCUGUCACAUGAAACUGUGGGGGAUGUGAUGCGGCCCCCCAGGGUGCCGAAACUUCCAGUUGGCCUGAGGCAAAAGCUGGCCACCAAAAAGGAGCCCUUGCCUGUCUGCACCCCGAGGACCCCGAGGGAGCUGUUGAUGGACCAGCGGCCCCCCAUCCUGACCGACCUGGACAUUCCAAGUCCCACUACAUACCAGGUGCCUGAUAAGGCGUUUCGAGAAUCUUCCCCACAUCCCCACUUCACCAUCGGCUGCAAGCCUCACACCCGAGAGGGUGGUGGCCGCAGGGCGUGGCAGACCCAGUGGAUGCAGAAUGAGAAUCCCUUCAUACAGAAAACGGACUUUAAUCAAGAACAAAAGUGGCCAUCGCCUGUAGACUAUCAGCCACUCAAGUCUCCUGCCUUCCCUGCCUUCACCUUCGGAGGCCACCGGCCUGCCUUCAGGACCCAAGAGGCCACAGAUCACCCAGGAGUGCUGCAGGUAGGGCUCACCAGUGGCCACACACUUCCAAAGGCCACAAGUCCAGAGGAGCACCCUGGUCCUACCACCUACGACAUCCUUCCUGGGUGCCGUCUGCAGCACCCUCAAUCACCUGCCUUCUCUAUGAGCCACUCACCAGCCUUCGCAUCCUGGAUUAACUACUCACACACCCCAGGGCCUGCUGACUACCACGUAGAGGACUGCUAUAACUCACGCUUCCCCUCGGCACCUGGUGUGGUCAUCCAGGGUGUGAGAAGACCCAAGCGCCAUGACACAGGGCCCUUCUGUGCCCUCUAGAGCUCCCCGGGUACAGCCAACCUUGCCUACUUAUGUCCUAGAAUCCUUCCUUUGGGAACUUCUUGAACUCAGUGCCUCCAGUUUGACCUUUGACCCUAUGGGUUCCCCUACCCUCUCACUCUCCUGGCUGGCUGACCCUUCUGUGAGAUGCAACUGAAAUGGAGGCCACUUACCCACACCCUUGCUAUACAGGCAUGUGAUUGGUCCUCCCA